AUGCGGAGGACCCUCGCCCGAUUUGCCCAGAGCCUGAAAACCGGCCAGGCGAACACGAAUCUCAUCCAGAUCCGCAAUGGCACCUUCUACAAAGAACAUCCUCGAGCCGAUCACGGCGACGCUUCAGCUUCAACGAACAACCCUCCCCUCUUCCCGAACCUGACCUUUGAAUUGCCUGCCACGGUACAACAUGGAGACCGGCCUGCGCCGAGAAAAGACCAGCACUGGGCGGUGAUCAGCGCAACUGAUGGAACAACAUUCCUCGAAAUUCUACGAGGCUCACACCUCUGUUUCCCACCGAACGCGAGAUCGUACCCGUACCUGGCCUCGGACGAGAUCGACCACAAAGACCAUCGGCUACGCGUCCUUUCACGGGCCAUCCAGUAUGUCGGGUUCAACAGCGGCAAGGGCCAUGGGGCCGGUGGAAUAAGAGGUGCAUAUCUAAGUGCUCGCUACGAAAGCCGCAGAGAAGAGACCGACUGGUCCGUCUUACAGUAUUUGAGAGGAGAAACAGAACUGAAUCCUUCCCAAGAUUCGCCGGAGAAGCAUGUCGACGAGACGCUUCUGCACAAGGUCAUCUCGGACCUGCGGCUGCAGAGGUUGAUGGACAUGCCUGUGAGCAAUCUGAGCAAUGGCCAGACCAGACGAGCUAGGAUUGCCAAAGCCCUGCUCGGCAAGCCGGAGCUUCUGUUACUGGAUGAGCCGUUUAUGGGUUUGGAUCCUCCGACCCUGGUUACGCUGUCGCCCAUGCUGCGCGAGCUUGCCUACCGAUCAUCGCCUCUGCUGUUGCUCGGGCUGCGUCCUCAAGACCCGAUCCCGGACUGGAUCACACAUCUUGUCGUGCUCGGACAUAACCAUUCGGUGGCGUUGAUGGGUGAGAAGAACCAGGUGCUCUUCAGCCUGGGCCGGUGGCUGGAUCUGAUGUUGUCGACGAAGCUUCCAAGUCACAACACUGCCGGGCGUAGACUUGACCACGAGAUGGCAGCGCUCAUGACUGCAAAAUACGGGCCUCCUCCAUCUGGUGUCGGCGAUGUCCUGAGUGGAAAUGGGAUCUCGAGACAUCCGGUUUUCCAGCAUAUUCACGACCCCAGUUUCGCGCAGUACCUAUUACCUGACGGGACGAUCGACCCGACGAGGCUCUCCGAGGAGGACGCGGUGCGAUGGCAAACAGCCCAGACCAAAAGAAAAGAGUCGAACGCAGACCUCGACGACCUGCUCACACUCACAACCAGCCUUCCGGCCAAUCUGGCAGGUGCGGAAGAAGCGACACCCACGCCCUCCGGAUCUCAAACUUUUCCCCCUUCUCUAACACAGAGUCCUCACCCUGCAAGCAGUGAACGGUCUCUAGGCGAUCCGCUAAUCGAGCUUCACUCCGUGGUCGUGAAGUACGGAGACAAGACCGUCCUAGGCCACGGCCCGGCGCAACCAGGCUUCGCCGAGCCUGGCCUGAACCUCACCAUCCGACAAGGCACGCGCCUUGCUCUUCUGGGCCCCAACGGCUCCGGCAAAACAACUCUUCUUUCGCUGCUGACAUCCGACCAUCCCCAAUCAUACAGCCUGCCGAUCAAAUUCUUCGGCCGUUCACGACUGCCUACGCCCGGCCAGCCAGGCCUAUCCUUAUGGGAAAUCCAAUCUCGCAUCGGCCACUCGUCGCCGGAAAUCCACGCAUUCUUUCCCAAACAUUUACCGGUGCGGCGUGUUCUGGAGAGUGCUUGGGCGGAGACAUACGCCGGCAAACCGCAGCUGACACCUGAGCGGACCGCGUUGGUCGACACCUUCCUCAACUGGUGGGAACCCGAAUUGAGACAAGACAGUCCUGGCACUGGGACUGGGAGUGAGACUGGAAACGACAAGUCGAAGAAUCUGGACUGGGCUACGGACCGGCAAACCCACGCCCUUGGCGUGCUCCCCUUCGGCACCCAACGUCUAUUACUCCUCCUCCGCGCCAUCAUCAAACAGCCUGACAUUAUCAUUCUGGACGAAGCUUUCUCCGGUCUGUCGGCGGAGACUCGAGAUAAAGCAAUGGCCUGGCUUGAGUAUGGGGAGGCACGGCCCACCACUCCGGCGGCCACAAGACCCCUAUUCCCUGGUCUGCAGGACACUCAAGCCCUUGUCGUGGUGUCGCACGUCAAAGAGGAGAUUCCAGACAUGGUCGACGAGUGGGUCCGUCUGCCCGGCGAAGAGGAGGUCAGCGAACACGGCCGCGGCGUCGAAUUCGGCCGGUCGGCCAAAGGAGAUAUCCGGACCGGAGAAGGAUGGAUGAAAGUUUGGGGACUUUAG